GAGAGUCAAGUGAGUCUCUAUUAAGCCCAAAUCAAUCAAGUUUAGUUAAGAAAAGGUUGAAGAGUCGAUUCCAUGGUGGGCAAAGCAGGAAAGAGCGAAAAACAAAACCGACCAAGUAGAGCAAUCGUCACUUGCAGAACACACAAAUAAAUUCCAAGAUAAAAACCAAACCAAACACUCCCCAAAACCCAGUUUCUUUCUGAAAUCUCUGAUUGGUCGUUAUUCACAAAGAAACAGAGAGAUGCAAGAAAACCAGUAAGAGGGUCUUUGCCAUUGUCUUAUGGCAUGCCUGAGGAAGAAGGAGCGCUGUGUAUUCAAGACUCUCAAGUUGUCAUUCUUGCCCUUUGUUUGGUCCAAAGUUGGGAUCUUUAACCAAAGAUUGAAUCCUUUGUUGCUUCAGAGACCAUGAGAAUCAAAAGCUUCUGCUUUUUUGUACAGGUCUUCUUGGUCUUCUUCUCUCUAAUUGCCACUGUGACUGUGCAAGCAUUCACUGGAGCAUACGGAAUAAAUUAUGGAAGAAUUGCAGAUAACAUUCCUUCUCCAGAUAAAGUUGCUACACUUCUUAGAGCAGCAAAGAUAAAGAAUGUCAGGAUAUAUGAUGCUGAUCACAGUGUUCUCAAGGCUUUUAGCGGGACUGGGCUUGAUUUAGUGGUUGGGCUUCCAAAUGGAUACGUGAAAGAUAUGAGUGCCAAUCAAGAUCACGCACUGGAUUGGGUUAAAGAAAAUGUGCAGGCAUUUCUUCCUGAUACACACAUCAGAGGGAUUGCGGUGGGUAAUGAAGUAUUAGGUGGGGGUGAUCUUGAAUUGUGGGCAGCUCUUUUGGGUGCAGUUAAAAACAUCUAUAAUGCAACAAAGUUGCUAAAGUUAGACGAUGUAGUUCAGAUUACCACAGCACAUUCACAGGCUGUUUUUUCUAAUUCAUACCCUCCCUCUUCCUGUAUAUUUAAGGAUAAUGUUAAGCAGCAGUACAUGAAGCCACUUUUGCAGUUCUUCUCAGAAAUUGGUUCUCCCUUCUGUCUGAAUGCUUACCCGUUCCUUGACUACAUGGGUGACCCGGAGAAUAUUGAUAUCAACUAUGCUCUUUUCCAGAAAACACAAGGGAUUUAUGAUCCAAAAAAUGAUCUUCAUUAUGACAAUAUGCUUGAUGCUCAGAUUGAUGCAGCCUAUUCAGCUUUGGAAGAUGCUGGUUUGAAAAAGAUGGAAGUUAUUAUUACAGAGACAGGAUGGGCUUCCCGUGGAGAUGACAAUGAAGCUGCAGCUACAGCAGAGAAUGCAAGGACAUAUAACUAUAACCUACGUAAAAGGCUAGCAAAGAAGAAAGGGACCCCUCUCCGGCCACAUUUUGUAGUGAAGGCAUACAUAUUUGCCAUAUUUAAUGAGAACUUGAAACCCGGCCCAACUUCUGAGAGAAAUUUUGGACUGUUCAAGCCUGAUGGAACCAUUUCAUAUGAUAUUGGGUUUCAUGGACUUGUAUCAUCAUCUGCAGAUUCAUCGCAUUCAUCUUUAAAGGAUAGUAGAGUUCAAGCCUGGUUUCGGUCCCAAUACUUCCUAUUACCAAUCUCUGCGUUAGCAUUGGUUCUGUUUCUUAGAUGAUGAUUGAGCAUGGCACCACUCGGAGUUGAGAGAUCAGCUAUCAUGUCUUCUUCAAAAUACAAACAACAUAAAAUGGAUUCUGGAGAUCUGAAAAUAUAUGCUAGUUACUGCUUGUUAACUUUAUCCAUCUGAGGAAAAGUAUAUCAGUUUUGCUUCUUACGGUUUUUACUUGAUAUUAUUCUUAUUUUCUCCUCUCAUGGUUCCCAACUACUCAUAGGCACUUUUUAGAGGGUUUAUAUCUCUGUUGGAAAUAGAUGAUGAUAUGCAUUUGAAUUGAAUUGGUCUUGUUUGUUGACAAGAUUGUUGUUU